AUGGCACCAACAGCCGUAUCAGAAGAUAGACUAACGUCGGGUCACCGGCUGUCGCAUCCACCACCUGGCGAUGAAGUACUCAUCACCGGUAUUUCUGGCUACUUCCCAGACUCGAACUCUGUCAUCCACUUGCAAGAAAACCUCUUUAACAAGGUGGAUCUGAUAUCAGGGGAUGAUCGUCGUUGGAAGCUGGCUCAUCCUGAGAUUCCCCAAAGAACAGGAAAAAUCAAUUAUGUUAACAAAUUCGACGCUUCGUUCUUCGGCGUGCAUUUCAAACAGGCACACACGAUGGACCCAAUGUGCAGAAUUCUCUUAGAAAAAGCUUAUGAAGCUGUAAUUGAUGCUGGAUUAAACCCAAAGGAGCUUCGCGGCACCAAAACUGGCGUGUUCAUCGGCGCUUGCUUCUCGGAGUCAGAAAAGACAUGGUUCUACGAAAAAAUGCAGGUUAAUGGAUUUGGUGUCACUGGAUGCUCUCGUGCCAUGUUGGCCAACCGAAUCUCUUACUGGUUGGGCGUGACCGGUCCAUCAUAUACUGUGGACUCUGCUUGCUCCAGUUCACUUUACGCCUUAGAACAUGCAUUCAGAGCUAUUCGCGAUGGUCACUGUGAUGCGGCCAUUGUUGGUGGAUCAAAUUUGUGUCUCCAUCCAUAUGUAUCACUGCAGUUCUCUAGAUUAGGUGUAUUAUCUCCUGAUGGAAGCUGCAAAAGUUUCGAUAAUAGCGCUAACGGCUACGCUCGAUCUGAAGCAAUCGUUGUUGUUUUGCUACAGAAAGCUAAAGAUUCUAGAAGAGUUUACGCUCAAGUCCUACAUGCAAAAACUAACUGCGAUGGUUACAAGGAACAGGGUAUUACAUAUCCGGCUGGAAACAUCCAAAAACUUCUUCUAAGCGAGUUCUACGAAGAAUGCUCUAUCUCACCCAGCAGUCUGGAGUUUGUCGAGGCUCACGGAACUGGCACUAGAGUCGGAGAUCCUGAAGAGUUGAAGGCUAUUGACGAGAUCUUCUGCACGGGCCGCUCGGAGCCUCUCAUGAUCGGUUCUAUUAAAUCCAAUUUGGGACACAGUGAGCCUGCGUCUGGUCUCUGCUCUGUUGCAAAGCUAUGUAUUGCAUACUCAACUGGUUAUAUUCCACCAAAUUUAAAUUACAAAGUACCGAGGGAAGGUGUACCUGCUCUUACUGAUGGAAAGCUUAAAGUGAUAACAGAGAAACAGCCGUGGAAUAGAGGAAUGUCUGGUAUCAACAGUUUCGGAUUUGGAGGGGCCAAUGCUCAUACUUUGCUGAAAAAUGUUGCAAGAGAAAAGAUCAACAAUGGUAUCCCGAAUGACGACCUGCCACGCCUAGUCUGCGUCUCAGGCAGAACAGAAGCUGCGGUGGCAAGGAUCUUAGACGAUCUAGAAUCUAGGACUGUUGAUGCUGAACUCGUUAGACUGUUACAUGGUAUCCAUAACGAAGAUGUUACUGGACACGUUGUUAGAGGAUACUCCUUAUUGGGUUCAACCCCAACAAAAGCCAUAUCACUAGCUCGGGAGGUCCAAUACUUCUCCGGCGUCCGCCGUCCAGUUUGGUUCGUGUACUCUGGUAUGGGUUCUCAAUGGGCUGGCAUGGCCACUCAGCUUAUGAGAAUACCUGUAUUUGCUGCUGCUAUUCAAAAGUGUCACAUAGCUUUAGAGCCUAAAGGUAUCAAUCUAACUAAGAUUGUAACUGAUCCGGAUCCUAAAAUCUAUGACAACAUCCUGAACUCCUUCGUCGGCAUCGCCGCUGUACAAAUUGGCCUAACUGAUGUUUUGAAGACGGUUGGCAUUGAACCAGAUUUUAUUUUAGGUCACAGUGUAGGUGAGCUUGGCUGCGCAUACGCAGAUGGUUGCUUCGACGCCGAGCAGAUGAUUUUAUCGGCUUAUAGCAGGGGACUGGCUUCAAUUGAAACUCCAUUCAUUAAGGGAUCCAUGGCGGCUGUCGGCCUUGGAUAUAACGAGAUCAAAAAUAUAAUUCCACCCGAGAUCGAAGUAGCAUGCCACAAUGGGCCCGACUCCAGCACUAUUUCUGGACCAGCAGACAUCAUGAAGAGUUUCGUUGCUAAGUUGGUAGCUCAAGGAGUAUUCGCCAAGGAAGUGCCUUGCUCAAACAUUGCUUACCAUUCCAAAUACAUCGCUGAAGCCGGUCCAAAACUAUUAAAAUACUUAAGAGAAGUGAUUCCAACACCAAAACCAAGAUCGGAGAAAUGGGUGUCCACAUCAGUGCCGCAAGCGUUAUGGAAAGAUCCGAAAGCUCAGAUGUCAUCUGCAGAAUACCAUACUAAUAAUUUAUUGAGUCCAGUACUUUUCGAAGAGACAUCUCGUCUCAUCCCAUCAAAUGCUAUUACCAUUGAAAUAGCUCCUCAUGGACUCCUGCAAGCAAUCUUACGUCGCUCUUUAAAGAAGGACGUAAUCAACGUUCCCCUGACAGAAAAGAAACAUGAAGAUAACGUACAAGUGUUGUUUACUGCUUUGGGCAAGUUGUACGAGGCUGGUUUGAAUCCUCAUUUAGCGGAGAUAUACCCUCAUGUGCCGCUUCCAGUGUCUCAGGGCACUCCCAUGCUAUCCCAUCUUGUAGAAUGGGAACACAGUGAGGACUGGUAUGUAACAUCGUAUAAGGCCCAAGAAAAGAUGAAGUCCGGAGAAAGAACUGUAAGGAUGUCUAUAGUAGAUGAAGACAGCGAAUACAUGGCCGGUCACGUCGUAGAUGGUCGCAACUUAUACCCUGCAACGGCUUAUUUAGUCAUGGUGUGGGAAACUCUUGGUAUGAUGAUGGGAGAGUUGUAUACUGAAGUGUCGGUUGUGUUCGAGAAUGUUCGAUUCCAACGAGCGACCAAUAUACCUAAGGAAGGAAACUUGGAAUUUAUUGUUAUGAUACAAAAGGGCAGUGGACAUUUUGAGAUUGUAGAGAGUGGAGCAUCAAUCGUAACUGGUCGAAUCUACGCUAAGAAAAACGUCGGUCAGGACUUCCGCGCGCUGCCCGCCGAGCCGGAAGCUACUGGGCCUAACGUAAAGCACAUGUUAACUAAGGACUUCUAUAAAGAACUGCGUCUUAGAGGAUACCAAUACAGUGGUCUCUUCCGCGGUGUAAUCGGCUGCAACGUAGAGGGUACUCGGGGCCGUCUAGCCUGGGUCAAUAACUGGGUCACUUUCAUGGACUGUAUGUUACAAAUGAAAAUCAUAGGACAGGAUACGAGAGGUCUUUUCGUACCAACCAGGAUAGAAAGACUGUCCAUUGAUGCAGGAAUCCAUUACGAUGCCAUUUCUAAAAUGAACCCGGAUUCUACUAGACAGAGCUUUGAAGCAAGGGUCUAUCCAUUCGUUGACGUUAUAAGGGCUGGAGGAGUCGAAGUGCGAGGGCUUCAUGCUACACCUAUUUCAAGGAGGAUACCUCUUGGAGUUCCUGUAUUGGAAAAGAACGUUUUCAUCCCUAACUUUGGAAAGUCAAAGAUGAAGAUGGAAGACAUCCUCCGAGCUGACAUCCAAUUGAUUCUCGAAAACAUACAAACAUAUAAAGUUAAAAGCAUCGAAAUAGUUGAUGAAGAGUACAAGAAACACAACUUAGAGCCUAUUAUGGAGAAAGUAGCAGAUGUUUUGGGUGAUUUGCCAUUGGUUCAGGCUGAUUUAACGGUGUAUACUGAAGAGCCAUUAGAAAUGCCAUCUAAUAUCGUAGUUGAGACGAAAAAGCUUGUUGGUGAAGCAAAUACUAUUAUAUUCGUUGGGGCUAAUUUAUUACAAAGACCGGAAGUCUUAAAGCAAGGGCUUCUAGCACUGCGUGAUAAGUGCUUUAUAAUAAGCCGAGAAAUAGAGCCAAUUAAUACCAAAGACUAUUCUGAUAAAUUCGACAUUGUUUCCAUUCAAGACACUGGCUUUGAAUACAUAGUUCUUUUCCGAAAACGUGUAGGUGCAAAACCGGCUAAAUUCAUCAAAAUAGUUACAGCUGAUCAAACAUACGCCUGGGUUGACAAAGUUAAAGAAGAACUUAAAGCUGGUCAAAAACUCGUUAUUUACAGUCAAAAUGAACCUUUUAAUGGGUUAUUAGGUUUGAUUAACUGUUUAAGAAGAGAACCAGGUGGUGAAAUAGUACAUGGUAUGCUCAUAUCUGAUGCAUCUGCCCCGGAAUUCAAUCCAGACUUGGAAUUCUAUGAAGACCAAUUGGAUAAGGAUCUAGCUAUUAAUGUGUAUCAAGACGGUAAUUGGGGAACGUACCGACAUCUGCUGCUUGGUGAUUUAGAAACUAUUGUUGCUCAUCACGCUUUCGUAAAUACUCUCACUAUUGGUGACUUAUCCACACUGAGGUGGCUUGAAGGUGCAAUUAGAAAAGAUACGGUUUUCAAGGAUCCAAAUAGCAUAUUGUUACAUGUGUACUGUGCGGCAUUAAAUUUCCGUGAUGUUAUGACAGCCAUGGGCCGCGUUACAGUAGACGCAGUAGCCAGGGGUCGUCUUGCUCAAGAAUGUGUGCAAGGUUUCGAAAUUGUUGGCAGGGCUCCUAAUGGUAACCGAGUGAUGGCCAUGGUCAAGAAUAGUGGUAUGGCCAAUAUGGUGGAAGCAGACAAAGCACUUAUGUGGAGCAUCCCAGACGAGUGGACGUUCGAAGAAGCUGCUAGCGUACCAGUAGCUUAUGGGACAGUUUAUUAUGCUUUGGUAAUGGUAGGAAAAGUCCGUCAUGGGGAGUCUAUCCUCAUCCAUGCUGGGUCAGGAGGAGUAGGGCAGGCUGCGAUCAAUGUGGCUCUUCAUUAUGGAUGUGAAGUAUUCACAACUGUUGGUACACCGGAAAAGCGAGCUUUUAUCAAGAAGCUUUUCCCACAACUCAAAGAUAGUCACAUCGGUAACUCACGUGACACAUCCUUCGAAGACAUGAUUCGAAGAGAGACUAACGGCAAGGGAGUGGACAUGGUUCUUAACUCCCUCUCCGAUGAAAAGUUACAGGCGUCCGUCCGUUGCCUUGGUUACCGCGGGCGUUUCCUCGAGAUUGGCAAGUUCGAUAUCAGCAACAACACGCCUAUUGGAAUGUACUUCUUCCUGAAGGAGACGUCCUUCCACGGCAUCAUGUUGGAUUACAUCUUUGACCAGAGCUACGAGUUCAGAAAGUGUCUUCAAGACCUCCUGCUCUCGGGUAUCGAAAGUGGCGCAGUGCGACCCCUCACUUACUGUACUUUCCCGCUUGAUCAAAUCGAGCCUGCUUUCAGAUACAUGGCUGCUGGAAAACAUAUUGGAAAGGUUAUCAUCAAGAUACGCGAAGAAGAGCGCACAAGCCGUCCAGUAAAACCUGUUGACAUGCCGAUUCGUGCAUUGCCUAGGUAUAUAUGCAACGAUGAAUUAGUAUACAUAGUAGUCGGUGGUCUCGGAGGCUUUGGACUGGAAUUGGCGGAUUGGCUAAUUUUGAGAGGAGCAAGGAAAGUGCUAUUGACGUCAAGACGUGGUAUUAGUAACGGAUAUCAAGCCUCAAGGAUAAAAGCUUGGACCGGCUAUGGCGCUACUGUGCAAAUAUCGACUCACGAUGUAACAACAGAAAAAGGAUGUGAAGAAAUGCUCAAUAUGGCGAAUUCCAUGGGCCAAGUUGAAGCUAUAUUUAAUUUGGCUGUUAUUUUAAAGGAUUCGAUCUUCCAAAAUCAAACUCCAGAGAAGUUUAGGAUUUCAUUCGCGCCAAAAGCUGAAGCUACUAUGAACUUGGAUAAACUUUCAAGAAAACUGUGCCCCCAAUUGAAGGAUUUCGUGAUAUUCUCAUCCGUGUCAUGCGGUCGCGGUAACGCUGGACAGACUAAUUACGGGUUCUCUAACUCCGUGAUGGAGAGGAUCUGCGAGUGGAGGAAGCAGCUCGGACUUCCCGCACUUGCUGUUCAGUGGGGAGCUGUUGGUGAUGUCGGUCUGGUAGCAGACAUGCAAGAUGAAGACGUCCAGCUAGAAAUCGGUGGAACUCUACAACAGAGGAUCUCAUCUUGCCUGCUAUCUUUGGACAAGUUCUUGAAGCAGGAUGCUGUGAUUGUAUCAUCGAUUGUGGUCGCCGAGAAGAAGGCUGGAGGAUCGGGUUGUGGCAGUAUUGUUGAUGCCGUUGCCCAAAUUAUGGGUAUCAAGGAUCUAAAAACAGUGUCACAACAAGUGUCUCUAGCCGAGUUGGGUAUGGACAGUAUGAUGGCGGUCGAAAUCAAGCAGACGUUGGAACGAGAGUUUGAGAUAUUCCUCACUGCUCAGGAUAUCAGAACUUUGACAUUUGCUAGAUUAGUGGAACUGACAGCGCAAAGAGAAGCCGCUGCGUCAACUUCGGCGGCUCCGCGCGUUGCGGACGAGUCCGCUGGCUUGCGCGUCUUCAUGCGCAACUUCGGUGAAGAGUCGGUCGCAUCUGAACCCUUCAUAUACAUGCCGUCUAUAGUCAGCGAUGGCUCUGAGACUGACGUGACAGUUCACGAGAACGAACUAGUGAUGUUCAUGCUGCCGGGUCUGGAGGGUUGUGCCGCCGUCAUGGCGCCUCUGUGUCGUCGUCUCAAGGUCAAGAUAUGCGUGCUUCAGCUCGGCUUGGACCAUCGUGACACCAUUGAUACCUUAGUGGAAAGGUUGCAUAGGACGGCGAAAACAAGACUGGGGCCAGGAAGUCCUUAUAUCCUACUAGGAUACAGUUUUGGUACAAUACCAAUGUUAAAGUUGGCCUCAAUUUUGGAAAGCGAAGGUCACAACGGAACGAUAUUUUGCGUGGAUGGUAGUCCGGACUUCCUCUACGGAUUACUUACUAUGACGAUGCCUUCAAAGAACGAAGCACAGCUCCAGAAUAACCUUUUGUGUACCACAAUCGACAUUGUCUCUCCCAAUAACGAUAUAUCUUCUACUCUGAUGGAGAAUCUUGCAGAGAUAGAAUCUUUUGAGGACAGGAUUGAAUAUACUAUUAAGGUAUGUCCAGUUCAAGAUGUUUAUAGUAAGCACUUCAUUGGUUGUAUUGCGAAAUCUUGUUUCGAUCGUCUCCAAAUAGUUCUAAAUAUGGGUGAAUUUAAAAAAGUAAAGGCGCCAAUAACCUUACUACGUCCUAAAGAAACACCUUCUCAGUUAAUCAUCGAAGAGAACUAUUGUCUAGAUAAAUACACUGAAAGCAAUGUAACCGUUCAUUUGUUGGAAGGAAAUCAUGUCAGUAUAAUAGAAAAUAAGGACUGUGCUAAUAUUAUUAAUAGAGUAAUAUCAGAACAAGAUGGCGGCAACAAAGGCACACAAAAUGCCGUCACAAAUAUGGUAGAGAAACAACGGUCGGUACAAGUU